AUGCAAAGCGAAGACGAAUAUUUUGGACAGCAGCUUUACUCGAAACUGAAUGCAAGGAUUGUCUGUAACUACUAUUAUCGGGAUCCAAAAACUCAUGAGCCUCGCUUUGCCUAUUCAAAGAAACUCAAUAAAACAGUGUGCAGCAUUCUUACAGCCGGGUAUGAUCCAGAAAUUGAUGUUACCUCAAGUUACAAACAACCUACAAUGGAUGCCAGUGUCUCACGAGAUGACGUGAAAACGCAGGGUUUUCAGCUAUUAGAAGAAGCCACAUAUGGAGAAAUUCAUUUUAGCCUGAGCAAUUUUUAUCAAGUAAUCUUUUGCUGA